UGUCUGCUAAUAAUGCAUAACGAUAUUUAUGUUCUAAAUAAAAAUAUAUUAGAAUAUGUUUGCCAUAUAGAAAUAAACAUAGGCCACUACCCAAGCCCCUAUAUGUGGGCAUGUUUAUCUAUAGCUUGAGGAAGGAGGGGUGGAGACUUGUAAAAAAAAAGAAGGAAAAAAAGGGCGUAUGAAGCAGAGGAGAAACCUUGAAUGAGAGAUUAGUAGACCUCACAGCGCACAGAUACAGCAGGCUGGAAGUCUCAUCUGACUGCAAAUAAACGAAUCAUGUUAAAUGAUAAAACUUUCUCAUGUUUGUCUUUUCUUAAGAUAAAAACAAAACAAAACAAGAGACAAAGAUUAUGAGGAUCAUUUUUGACAAAUCCACUGUGCCAUUCCACUGCUGCCAGAAGCUCAUGUGAUGCCUCACUUUUGCGCAACAGGUUCUGCGAGAUAAAUGUAAUAGUAUCAACGUAGGAAGAAGACGAAGCAUGCUGUCCCCGUUUUGGCCCUUUGGCAUCGAGCAGGAGAUCAACUCAUGGGAUGUAGUGGAUGCAGAGUCAGGUUCAACUUUGGCAAGGUGCUCUCCAAAGCCUCAGUGUUUUUUACCAUGCUCCUGAUCUUCACCUACUUCUUCUACUGCCUCACCGGAUUUUGCGCUUCGGCUCCGAGAAGUUUAUACAGCCAACAAGUUUUAAACUAUGACAUUUUGGACGAUCAUCGCCGCUUUUUGGACGACCUGCGACCACCGCCGCGUCUCCUCCCAGACUCGCCGCCUCACGGGAACCGCACAGCCUCCGCGGACGCAGAACAGGUGGACGCGCCGGGACAGCUGCCUCAAAAACACGAGUCAGACAGCGCAAAGGAGAGCGCUCAGAGCAACGUCAUCCCCGUGUCCAACACAUUCGGGACCAAAAGGUUUCCGCAGGCGAUUAUAAUCGGCGUGAAGAAAGGAGGAACCCGCGCCCUGCUGGAGUUUCUCCGCAUCCACCCGGACGUGAGAGCGGUCGGCGCGGAGCCUCACUUCUUCGACAGGUUUUAUGAUAAAGGACUGGAGUGGUACAGAAACCUGAUGCCUCGGACGCUGGACGGCCAGAUCACCAUGGAGAAAACCCCCAGCUACUUUGUCACAAAGGAGGCUCCUAGCCGUGUCUGCACUAUGAACUGCCAAACCAAGCUCAUUGUGGUGGUCAGGGAUCCUGUGACGCGAGCUGUAUCUGACUACACCCAGACACUGUCCAAGAACCCAGGUCUUCCAUCCUUCCAGAGCCUGGCUUUGAAAAACUCCACCACAGGUCUGAUUGACACCACGUGGAGCGCUGUGCGCAUCGGCCUCUACGCCAAACAUCUGGAGAACUGGCUUCAGCACUUCCCCUUGUCUCAUUUUCUGUUUGUUAGCGGUGAGCGGCUGGUUUCUGAUCCGGCUGGGGAGAUGGGCCGGGUUCAGGACUUCCUGGGUCUGAAAAGGGUUGUUUCAGACAAACACUUCUACUUCAACCAGACCAAAGGUUUUCCCUGCUUGAAGAAGCCCGAGGGGAGUAGCAGACCUCGCUGCCUUGGAAAGUCUAAGGGCAGACCCCAUCCCCAGAUCCCCUCCGAGGUCCUGCAGAGACUCAGAGACUUCUACAGGCCCUUCAACCACCGUUUCUACCAGAUGAGUGGACAAGACUUUGGCUGGGACUAACAGUAGAGAUUCCUGUCACAGCCCAGAUAAAAGUUAGUCUCUUACUUUCUGGAGAGAUUGACACAAGACUAACGUUCUCAGGGACGGGAUAGAGGAUUACAGAGUCCACAAACUGAAUUCUGCCUCAGUGGAAUCAACAUGACAUGCAGCACAUGAACUGUCACUGUUUUGUUGUAGAGUAGAAGCCGACACGGACACAUUGCUGUCAAUAGACACAUAUAGUUAAUGGCUUAGUUAUUAAACCAUUAAACCAUUUUCAUGCUUGUAUGUUAAUGUUAAUGUCAUACAGAAGUUAGAAGCAAACUACGUACCAAAGAGAAAGCAAAAAACAUUGCCUUUGAAUAUCAUUUCUGAGUUGCUUUAUGUUUUGUUUUUAAAAUAAGCUGAUAUUUAUAGUUUCUGUUGAUUUGAAAUACAACAGUUACAAAUUUCUUUUAUGAAAGAAAUGUAUUUAUUACACGACAAGGCAAGGUAUAAAACUGACCACACUUUCAUUGACAGGACAUUGGAAAAAAUGUCAUACUCAAUGAUAAACCACUAUUUCUUUUUAAUUAUUAGCAGUGUUACUUUGACUGCAUUUAUAUUUACAUUAUAUUUACUGUUUCCAAAUUCUACAUAUGUUAGUUUGAUGUUGCAAGAUAUUUUCUCAGUAAAUUGCAGUUGAUAUACCAAUGAUACCUCAUCUGUAAAUAUUAAACGUGUAACAACGAUCAGAAACCACACAUACACACAUUCCAUUUGUUAGUAUUUGUAGAUAUUUUCCCCUUAAAAGCUGUUACUCCGCUGUUACUCACUUAAAAUAAAUUACCAUUUUGAAUCAUUUUAAACUCCAUGUGUAAAGUACACAAAGCAGUGGUUUGUUUAAAACCUUAAUUUUGACUCUGAUUCUUUGUGUUGUGAAGUAAAGUUUUAUCUGACAUGA